AUGCAAAACGAAAUAAUAAAGCCUGCUAAAUACUUCUCAGAAGUGGAGAAGAGUGUGCUGCUUGCAUUAGUUGAAAAAUACAAAUACGUGCUUGAGUGUAAAAAAAGCGAUGCAAGAACUAUUGCUCUGAAACAACGUACCUGGCAAGCUCUAGCUCAUGAGUAUAAUUCACAGCCCAGCGUAUCGCUGAGAGACUUCAAACAGUUAAAGAAAUGCUGGGAAAAUAUCAAGGCACGGACAAAAAAGAUAAUGGCACAUGAGAGGCGGGAGAAGGUAAAAAGAAGUAUUAGUCCACUUAUAAAUACUCACAUCAUAGGGAAAGAGAAGAUUGCCAGCAUAAUGCCUGAGCAAAUGUACUUUUUGCAGAGCCCACCAGAAGAAGACUCUGAAUAUCAGCCUGAUGCUUCUAGUCAAGAGCCAUUUGUAGUCUCAAAUAGAGAACUUUGUGAUGAAGAGAAAGAGCUGGUACAUUUCCCAGUAUGUGAAGGUACAUCCCAACCUGAGCCUUCAUGUUCCGAUGUGAGAAUAGCAGCAGAUAAGAACUACAGGAGUAAAGCAUCUCAGGAAAGUGCUCUGAAAAAGAUGCAUGAGGAGGAACAUCAUCAGCAAAUGUCAAUUUUGCAACUCCAAUUAAUCCAAAUGAAUGAAGUUCAUGUGGCAAAAAUACAGCAAAUAGAAAGAGAAUGUGAGAUGGCUGAAGAAGAACACAGGAUAAAAAUGGAAGUGCUAAAUAAAAAGAAAAUGUAUUGGGAGAGGAAACUGCAGACCAUCACGAAAGAAUGGCCUGUAUCAUCCUUUAACAGACCCUUUCCUAAUUCACCUUAG